UUGAAAUAAAAAUCGGCAAAGAGUGCUUCUCCACCAAUGUCUUGGAAGUUAACGUUUCGAUUGCAAACGACAGUACGUUUAUCAAACUUCCAUUCACAUUGAUUAUCGGACAGCGAUAUGUCUUGUUCGCGGAAAACAGUGAAUGGCAAAGAACACUGAGCAUCAAUUCAAGUGACGCUCUGGUCCAACCCGAACAUAACAACUAUGUUUUGAUCCCUUAUACCGAGAAACCAACUCUACAAGUACAGGGAAGUAUCUCAAAGCAAAUUAUAUUGCGUUUGAAAAUCAGUAAAUGCCCUGCAGAGAAUAUCCUUCUGAACAACAAUCAAUUGAAUAUUAGCUGGGCCUUUCAUAAAAGCGCAACAAUUAAGGAUAUUGUAUUUUCAGCUGCGUUACUUAAAUACGUGACUGUUAACGGCUCGGAUGUAGAAAGUAUAUUCGCGCCAUCUCAACCCCCUGUAGGGUCAUCUGGUAUAACGUUCUUUGAUAUGAAUGUUGAAGCCCAAACCAUGUAUAAGGCCAGCGUACAGUUGUGCAACAAUGUAAGAUGUCUCAGUCCCAUUCACUCAAAGGCAUUUACAAUCGAACUUGAAGCUCCUGAUAUUUCGUUUAUAAAAACUGAACUGAUACUCGCAGAUGCUGGGGAGUGCGUUGAUUUUCAAGCGUCAUGGCAAAUAAUCGGACAGAGCGACAACGUUGCAUUCUAUCAAUGGUCUGUAAGUCGUGAUGCAAUAGGUGGUCAACUAUUGUCUGUUUGGGAGAAUGUGCGGCCCAAUGGAACAGUCGUUAAGGUUGCGAAAUGCGUUGUUCUCCCAGGCCACGGACAUCUGACAUCUUUCCUCUGCGUCCGGGUAUUUUCUGUAAGUGGUUUAGCAAAGACAUCUUGUCAGAAGAUGAAUAAAGGUGAGAGUGGGUCCUAUUCCAAAACUUCUGUGUACGACUUUGAUUCGUCGUCAGUCAGUUGGGUCGUCAUCAAAAAGAUGCUGUCUAGUUCUGACAUUGGACAGCACUAUGUCCUUCUUCACGAUUCAGAAAUGAACAUAGGUAAUGUCGAUUCGUCAGUGACCGGUGCAUUGAUGUAUGGUUCAGAACGUUCAGUUACCUGGUACCUUAUGAAGUUGCAGUACGUGCCACAAACGUGUGAUUCCGACAUAAACUGCGUUGUAAAGUACGACACUGACCAUGGAUACAUAGAAUUAGACAGGAAAUAUAUAUCACCCAAUAAAUUAUAUUUCAUAUGCGCGUACUCGAAUUACACGGUGAUAGAAGGUGAGUAUUUCACUGAAAUUUUAGAAAAGAUAUCGUCGUGCAGCAACGGAUUCAUAUUGGACAGUUCUCCUCCCACGAAAGGUGAAGUACAUGUUCACAAUCACAGAGGGUUUAUUUCAAAUCCACAACACGUCAUUGUAACAUGGACUGGGUUUGAUGACAACAUUGAUGCAACCGUAUUUGGGUACCCAGAGAAACUUCAUUAUUUCUCUAUAAGAACAGGCACAACUGCCGGUUCGAGCAAUAUUUUGGAAAUUGUUAGAACUGGCAUGGAAACAUCUGCAAUAUUGAAUGUGUCAGCACCGUCUGAUGGAAGUCAAGUUUUCUUCACGGUCAAUGCAACGGAUUAUGCCGGCUUGUCUACCAGCUCGGAGUCCUUGGAGUUGAUCAUGGAUACAUCACCGCCUGUAUGUGGCAGAGUUACGAUUGUAAACAACCUUCAGAGAAACAUAUUUAUCAACCGAGAACUUGCAACUGUUCGUUUCGAGGGAUUUUCGGAUCCGCACAGUGGCCUGGACUAUUUCAAUGUUGGCAUUGGUACAAUCGAAGGAGUAACAGAUAUAAUGUCUGAAACGAAAGUUUCCAUCGACUACAUGGAAUUAAAUUUAGCGCAAAUGAUCGACGGUCAUCUGUGUUUUAUUAUUGUGCAAGCGAUCAAUCGAGCAGGGCUGGUUUCUAAAUCAGUAUCAAAAAGAUUUGUAUUGGAUAGAACCGCUCCCACCGGAGGACACGUUCUCGAUGGAAUCAAAGGAGCUGGGGAGAUCGAUUUCCAAAGUGAUAUCUACGUUAUCAACGCAUAUUGGAAAGAUUUUUACGACCCAGAGAGUAGCUUGGCAUUCUUUAAAGUUGGUCUUGGGACCGAUCCAUAUCAGACCGACGUGAGAUCUCUUAAAGAUGUCGGAAUGAUGACAGAGGUUUCGUUGAAUGGCCCGUUUGUUCCUGGCCAAAAAUACUUUGUGACCGUGGAAGCGUGUAAUAAUGCAAACCUUUGUACCAGACGUGUUUCUGACGGUCUUAUUGUCGACAACUCACCCCCAGUACGCGGUCUUGUACAUGUUGGUCCAGGCGAAGGUCAUGACAAAUAUUUAGGACAUCGUUCAUCUAUUAGAAUAAGUUGGCAAGGCUUCGAAGAUCCGCAAUCAGAUAUAGGUCAUUUUAAAGUAUGUGUGUCAACACCCAAGGGCGAGUGUGACGUUGUUGGUCUAUCAAAUCGGCUGCUCCACUCUUCAAGUAUAAUAUCAAAUAUAACGCUACCGAUUAAUAUUUCACUUAUAGCAACACUUUGGGCGUUCAAUGGAGUCGGCAUGAAUGUGUCGAAGGCGUCUGAUAUUUUUCUUAUUGACGACACACCGCCAGUUGUUGUGAAAGCUCCGAAAUUCCUACUAAAAUAUAACUCUGCAAAUUGUAAACCGUCACAAUGGGAAAAAUCCAUCUUACUUGUCGAAUUGGAAUUUAAGGACGACAUCAGCCCUAUCGUUCGACGUGAGAUUUCCUUGAAAACGCAUCACGAAGGACACACGCCAGUUGAGAGUCUUGUCUUAGGAUCGGAACGCCAUGUGACUGUCAGCUUAAAUGGGACGAAUUGGCUUAAUGACGGUGACAAGUACUAUGCAAUUGUAACAUCGUGCAACGCUGCCGGACAAUGCUCUUCUGAGCGAACAAGCGACCUUUUAAUUGAUUCUACUCCACCACACCUCGGUGGAUUUAAACAACCUUUGACGUGGACGAACUACAUUGAUACACUAGGAAAUAAAGUAACAAAUCUAUCAUUGAAAUGGUAUGGGUUCCACGACCAGGAGUCCGGAAUUGAAAACUAUUACGUGACGGUCUCGCGGUCCUACAGUUUCCAUGAACUUUCAAAUGGAGUUAUAAAAAUUGAAAAUACAAAUCGAAGCGAAACUAUUCAAACUUCAUUUGUACUGACUGAAAGCGUGUUUCUUCACGAAUCAAUAAUUCUUUCGAUAUGGGCACAAAACAAUGUCGGCCUAAACAGUUCGAUUGCAAGGGUCACUGUGAAUGUUUUAUCUGCGACAUCUAGAAAUGAAAUGGGAAUUUUAGAAAUAGAAAAACAUUCAUGCGACAUACAUUUUUGUACCAAGGAUUGUACGUGCGCAGUUAUAGGUCGUCCAUGUGUAGAAAUAAGCACCAACGUUACAUGCUCAGAUAUCUCUUACACAGAUGCGCAAAAUCAAAAUCUAUCAACAUUCGAUGUAUAUGGGGGACUACCGCAUGAAAUCCUAAAUGUGUCGGCUUCUUUAGCAUGUCUGAGUGGGCACUGGUCACGAACAAAUGGAGGAAGUACUGAAAAUAUUCAUCGCUUUGAAUGGAGCAUUGGCGUACAUAGGCACGCUGUCGGCGAAGGGGUAUUCGAUCUGAAACUAGAAAACCCAUGGAAUGAUGUUGGACUAAGAUUAGAAUUUAUUCAUUGUCUACCAGUAAAUCGUUCAUUGGUACAUGAAGAACGAUACGUCGUCUAUGUGAGGGCUUGGUAUAGCGAAAGAACAUUCACUGUCUUCAAGUCGUCUCCAAUCAUGAUAGAUCAAACCCCACCCAAUGUCAGACGCGGUCGUUUUAUCAGGGAGGGUAAUUGUCUUGAAGACUUGGACUUUAUUGACUGGACGAAAAAUAUCAUGGCCUGUUGGGACGGGGUGUUUACUGAACAGCAGAGCUUCAUUGAUCAUUUCAGUGUCAGCCUUGGAACAUCACCUCACAAUGAUGACAUUCUUCAACAAAUUGAAGUCGGACUAUCAACAAACAUAAGUCUUAAUAAUAUUUCUCUCAAUCCAGGCACGCGCUAUUACUUUACAGUUAUUGCUGUUAAUGGUGUUGGACUACACACUGCAUUAGCAUCGGAUGGAUUCUUUAUUGAUACAGAUAAUCCCAUCCACGGGGUUGUGUUCAAUACAAUUGAACACAAAAACUCAGAUUUCCAGAAAUCGACAGCAACCUUUAAACUGUCUUGGCACGGAUUCCAGGAUCAUUUCUCUGGAAUAAAGCACUAUCUGGUUGCAUUUGCCAAUGAAGGAGAAUACAAUGAAUCAAAUAUGACCUUUACAAAUGUUGGUUUAUCAAACAAGUAUUCCUUUACAAAUUUGAGUUUUGUGCACGGCGAGUCUUAUUUUGGAUUCGUCAAAGCUGUUGACGCAGUAGGUCAUGAAAGUGCAACUGUAAGAUCCCCAAAACAAACAAUCGAUACGACUCCACCAAAAGGUGUUUCAUGUGGAUCAACUAAAACUAUUCAAAUUGAUGUUUCUCACAACGUUACUCAUGAAAGUGUGUCGCUUUGGUUUAACGCAUAUCUCUCGAAAGAUAGCAUGUAUGUUGUUAACGGAAAGAUUAAAGACGUUACGUAUGAGCUCAACCCGAUUCUUCAGAUUGAUAAAUAUAGUUUACCCUUACCAUUACAGAAACAUCAUGAUGGAUGGUUCGAAUAUCAUUACAUGUUUAUAUCGCCGUUAACAGGGUUGCAAACCAUUACCAUUGAAUUUGGAAAACUGCUUGCUGAGCACUCAAUUCAGAAUGUUGAUUUUGAAGUGUGUCAACUGGUGGAAAACAAUUCCAUUGCUAUUUCUGUAAACCAAAUAGGCCCAUAUUCGCUGACUGUGUCCUUGGGAAUACUGGAUUCGGAAAGCGAGUUAAAGACGGUGUUCCUUGGAGCCGGUACAACUGAAGGGGGCUUUCAGAUCAAACCUCUGUUUGAGAUACAUAAUCGCAAUAACUUCGGAGUAAUUCUUGCACCAUUUGUGCACGGGGCACCUAUAUUUAUUACUGCAAUAGCCGAGAACCACGCUGGCCUCACGUCUGUUUUCCAUUCGGGCAAAGCACUUACAAUAGAUCACACUGGACCUAUCGUCAGCGAUAUUAGUGUUGAUGUUUCUGUUAUAACGGAUAAUUCUACACAAUUGUUAACAACAUGGACAGCAAAAGAUGGUGAAUCUGGUGUUCAAUACUGCAGUUGUUUCAUUGGAUCUACACCUCUGUCAGCUGAUAUACAGGAGGAAAGGGAUUCGGAUACGUUGCAGUUUUGUCAGUCAUACAUACGUGACCUUUCUCAUGGCGACAGAGUAUUUCUUACGGUCAAAUGUGUGAACAAGGUCGAAAUCGCCACGACGUUAGUAUCUAGACCAGUGAUCAUCUACCUUGAACCGCCCAGCAACUCACAAGCAUUUGUUCGGUUUUUGCCCAGUGGUCAGGAAUCGUUUUCUAUGAGUGGCCCAUUGUCUGGUCAGUUUUCUGCGCAGUCCAAUUCUAGCCUAUUGCAGAUGGAAUGGAACAACUUCGAAGAUCCUUCAGAGAUCACAUCAUUCAGUUAUCGUAUCCAAAGCAAUGGUGACAUUGUUGUGGAAUGGACUGAUGCAGACCGAAAGGACACAUUCUCCAAUGAGCAUCUGGAGUUGAAAUCAGGCCAGAUAUACACGACCGAAGUUCAUGCAGUAAAUGGUGGAGGAUUCACCAGUUCCAGUGUCAACUCCUCGCUGAUUGUAGCUUCAGAUCCACCAGCGCUAACAGGAUUCCCUAUGUCUGCUGUUUUCGCAAACGGCAAACUUACUCUCAAUUGGAAAAGUGUUUUCAAUACAAUCAUGGAAGUACCGAUUCACUACAGUCUGGUUGUUGGAUCACGCGACGGAUUUUCUGAUAUCGCUGACGUAAACUACACACGUGACCACGUGUAUGACGUCAUCGUUCCAUCAUCGACGUUCGUAUCUCCAAAUCUGAACGAGUUGUACAUAAAAGUUACCUGUACAUACAGCACGGGGUUGUUUACAACAUACAGUACAUCGUACAAACUGUGAAGUUAAUAUGUUUGGUAGAAAUAUGCGAUUACUUUAACAUCCAAUGUCGCUGUCCUUCUCUGUUUUUGUUUUCAUUACCAGCGUGAAGAGUCUCGAACAAAUCGUAAGAUUUAUUACUUCACCUUUGAUUAUAACAAAAAUAUGUAAAACAUUCUUCGUCACAGAAAACGCUUAUCAUUUCAAUAUUUGUGCACAUGUAUAUAUCCCCUUUUUGGUAGUUAUCGUUUCGUAAUAAGUAAUCGGAUUUAAAUAUUUGUCAUAGAGUGAUAGUAUUUUUUUAUUGUAUACAGUGUGCUUCUUUUCUUAUUGUCAAUAGAAAAACAUACAAAUGUAGGUGUCAUGUAGAUCAGUGUUUUUCAGAUUAAUUGUAAUACGCAUAACUAUUCUAUGUUUAUAUUAAUUCUAUUACGUUUUUGUUAUUGUCUUUUUUGUUAUAAUUGCUUCUCUCUUAUUAUGCUUACCUGUGUAUUAAGAUUUGGUUUAAAUGUUUAUAAAUUGUAACUUGUACAUUAAUUAAAGGGACAUGUUGAUAUAUUAACGAAUUCAAAAUCUUGAAAAAAAAACUAGUUGGACAAGGCAGCAAAAUACCUACAUAUACAAUAAUGUAUCGUUUGGUGUCUGAAAGGUAUGAAGCUUUUAAAUUGGCAUUGUUUGUUGUUAAAAUUGUUGACAACAGGUUUUUCAAUUGCAUACAAUUAAAUCCGGAGAUAAAAAAUCCAACCGGGAUGAGCUUAUGAUUAAGUAAUAAAAGUAAUCAAACUAGUAUUAUUUUACCUACAUGAUUUCAAAUGUAUUAUAUUUUAAACUGGAAAAUAUAUUUUCAAAUAACAUGACAUACAUUUUAAAAAGAUUGUUUAAUUUUUAAAUAUGUAUUUGCUGUUGCUUAAGUGUCUGGUUUACUCCUUGUUGGAAGCAUAUUUUUAUUUCGUUUUUUUUAAAUGCCUUAGACUUUAAAAUUUUGUUUAUUUGCAUGACUUUUUUAAUAAUUGAUUCUUGAAUAAAUGUUCACUUUAA